CCCUCGCUCCCCUAGGAAUAGGGCUACUAUGCGCACGCGCGUCAGGACAUAUUGCUUCCUGAAGUCUCCAGCUGCUAAUAGUACUGUAAGUACGGCAGGGCCCAUGCCGCGACCAUGUGGACUCCGGGAGCCUGUCAGAAAUAGCCUGAUAGAUGAUGCCAAGGCCCGCUUGAGAAGGUUCGAUGUUGGGACCAGAUAUUCCCACUUGUCUCCUAAUAAGUACUCUGUCCUUCUGCCGUUGCUGGACAAAGGAGGAAAGCUGCACUUGCUAUUCACCGUCCGUUCAGACAAGCUGAGAAGGGCACCUGGAGAAGUCUGUUUUCCUGGAGGAAAGAGGGAUCCAGUAGACAAGGAUGACACGGCCACUGCUCUCCGUGAAGCCCAGGAAGAGGUGGGCUUGCAUCCCCACCAAGUGGACGUGGUCUCUCACCUGGUGCCAUAUCUGCUCUAUAAAGAUGCGCUGGUGACCCCCGUAGUGGGUUUUCUAGAUCACAACUUCCAGCCCCAGCCUAACGCUGAUGAAGUUAAGGAUGUGUUCCUCGUGCCUUUGGACUAUUUCCUGCAUCCCCAAGUCUACCACCAGAACCACUUCACACACUCCGGCCACCACAUUGUGGUACAGUGCUUUGAGUAUACAGACCCUGAGACGGGCAUGAAGUACCUGAUCAAAGGAAUGACCUCAAAACUGGCCGUGCUGGCCGCCCUAAUUAUUUUGGAAAAGAGCCCAUCAUUUGAGAUUGAGUUUGAUCUCAAUGAUCUGAUACCAUCUUGUGAAAAGACCUUCCUUCGUAAACUCCCUUCAAGCAAGCUGUGAAAAACCCAAAAGAACAUCCACAGCGUUUUUGCCUGAGCUUAUUCACAGAACGACAUUGCUAGCAGGUGGAUCUGACAGGUGUGAAUAUUUUUCCUGCAACAUGAAGGUAAA